GAGCCACGGCAGGUUAACGGUAUCCUAAUCCGUGGCUGAACAGUUGCGUGUUUUUGAGCACAGUGUGGGUUUUGCAGUGCAGCCCAGGCGGAAAUGGGCUGACAUGUAGUGCUUGCAGUCCGGCCUCAGUCACAUGGUGUGGGGAUGGUCAGUGGUGGAAAACACAGCAGUGUGUACAGACGUGUUCAGCAGACGUCCACUCACAGUGUGUGACCACACAUCCACCGCGACCUGCUGACACGGGGGGAUUCCCACGUCAGGAUGCCUCAUAAGAGCAAAAAAGAAAAGGAAUCCUCCAAAUCUGGAAGAUCUAAAAAAUCUGGAAGUAAAAAUGGCCCUGCAGGUGAUCAAGAUGGCUCCAAUAAGAAAGUGCCUCCUGCGACACAGCUGAUGAGGGUAAAGCAGCCGGGGUCACACUCGGCCAUGAAGAGGGAGAAGAGGUUCAGCACUUCCUCUUUUCCUCUCAGCGCUAACAGAGAGCUACAGAAACUACCUGCACUAGCUGAUGUGGCCCCAGCGGAGCAGGAGAAGCUCUUCAUCCAGAAGCUACGACAGUGCUGUGUUCUUUUUGACUUCCUGUCCGACCCGCUGAGCGACCUGAAAUGGAAGGAAGUGAAGCGGGCGGCGCUGAGCGAAAUGGUGGAGUACAUCACCCACAACAGGAAUGUCAUCACAGAGCCCAUCUACCCGGAGGUGGUGCACAUGGGCCUCGGCCUACCCGUGUUCCUUCGUUCCCCUGCACCAGCAUGGACUGAGGUGUGCACAUCGCCUCACUCCUCCGGUCGGAACCACCAGCCACACACCUGUUCCUUCCUGCAGGCGGGCUAUUUAUACCCACCUUCCUAA